CCUCCAAGAACCCCGUCACCACAGUACAGCCUGAGAGAACCAGAGGAUUUGACGACAGAUGUCGCGUACACACAACACCAAACCAUCCUAGAAUGGUUGUUCGUCUCUAUACCCGCCCACCGCUCCCUCCACACCCUCCCCACCCUUCACCGCACCACUCUCAUCUACGGAACAGCAACACUACGACAGCGCAUCACCGACCUCGCCAACCUCGAUAUCAAGCUCUACCACAAGUAUGCGAGCUUACUGUCAGACAAGGAGCAUACAGAGAAAGCCUUUGCAUAUACGGGAUGGUGCUGGUUUCCUCCUCCCGAUGGUACAUUGGAGUUUCUCAGUAGGGAAGAUCUAGAGAGGCUCCUU